CACCAGCAGGUGGGUAGAUGUCUCAGCGCGACGCUCAGGAAAGGCGAGUGCGCCGGAGUCAGCAGUCCAGGUCCUGCCUAGCUGAGGCCAGAGAGGAGAGUGAACGGGAAGAAAGGACGCGCCCCAGAAUGUGAGACUCCCACCGGGAAAGGCUGACUGAGCUCGCCCUGGGGCGGCGGAUCUGACAGCCCCUGCCACUGGAGCGGACCGUGCUGCCAGCCCCAGUUUGUUCCCAGAGUGUGCGAGAGUCAGGGGUUGUUGGACGAGAUCAGCAACAACGAUUCCUGCAUCUACUAGUCAGCGACAAGAGACAGCGCGACUAAGCUUCAGGCACCCCGGGCCCCCCCUCGGUGCUCUAGACAGCCCGCGAGGCGCGGCGCCGCAGUGGCCCUGGAAGCCCCUGCAGGUCGCUCCCUUAACUUCUAUCCGGCAAGCCUGCGUGGGAGACGCCUGGAAGGGCUGGAGUGAACAAUCUGAGACCACGGAAAAGAGAGCAGACGUCCUGGCCCAGGCUCUUCCCCGCGCGGGGUGCCCGGGGUCGCCCGGCCUUCGGGCCAUGGCGGACAGUGGCAGCUCCAGCCCCUGGUGGAAGUCGCUGACCAGAAAGAAAAGCAAGGAAGUCACAGUGGGGGCGCAGCCUCAGGUUCAAGUUCGACCAGAGACUGGACAGGAUCCCUCACCACCUUCCUCAGAUCGGACUAGCAGCUCACAAGAAAAUCAGCACUCCAAUGUCCUUGGGGACACCGGUGAGCCCCUCAGAUCAGAUAAGUUGUGUGAGGAGAAAUCAGGCAACAGCCGGCGUAAUUUGAAGAUUUCACGCUCUGGCAGAUUUAAGGAGAAGAGGAAAAUGCGUGCCACACUGCUCCCUGAGGGAGACAGGUCCCCUGAGGAGGCUGACUUUCCAGAUGACUCCCAGGAGGACAAGCAAUAGCUGAGCAAGCUUCCAGGAUUGUCUCUCUCUGCAGAGAGAGAAAAACACUAUUACCCCUAGACCUAGUACUUGAUGCUUCGCCCAAGUUCAGAAUAUGCAGUUGACCAAGGCCUUCAAGAUUUAAUGUUUUCUAGAAAGUGAUGUGUCAUCUGAGUCCUCAAUAGUCAAUGACUCAGAGACUAAGUAAGUAUUUUUUGUGGGAAGGACAGAUGUCUACUGCUGAAGAAAUUGGCUUUUACAAAAGUUAUUCUGAGGUGUCACUAUUGUUUCUGUCACCUGUGGGAGUGACAAGGCUCCAUGGAUAUUUCAGAGGCAAUAAAUAGGUGACCCUCUCUCCAGCUUCUCAAAUGAGGAAGCCAUGCUCUUACUGAGGACCCUGGAGAGCAAAUGACAGCACUGUUUUUAAUGGCUGAGAAAUGCACUUUAGGGUACUACCCUGAUUUAGUUCUAUGUGAAGGGAUGAGGGGCUCCUCCCAGGUAGAAGCAUUGAAAAGUAAUAUUGCUUUAAGUGAGGACUCCCAAGCUGUAUGCCUGUUUAGUGUGCACUAUUAAAAUGGUUGAACUGUAAGACUUAA